AUGGUUGAAUCAGCUUUCGAGGUCGACAUAGCCGGCAACACGCUGAAAUACACUGAUGGCAACAUUGACUUCGACGACAUCCUGUGUAUACUGCCAGGUCCAGCGCCCAACAAGCAUCGCGUACUGUUCUUCGAGCAAGCCAAAAAAGACAGCGCCAAGUCAGGAGAGCACACAUACCUAAAGAAACUCGAUAUAAAAAACUUACCGAUAGAGCUUAGCAGCUUCUUAACGACGAUCCCAAGCCACAUUCAAAACACAGACAAGCCACCUGUGAUCCAAGUGGUGAUAUCCAUAGGCUCAGGAACAGGCAAAGCCAAAGCCGUCUUCCAAGAUGCCCUCCAACCUCUAUUCACCAACAUCGGGCUAAAAGGCAUCGAAAUCUACGAAACAGAAUCUGCACAGACAAUCACCGAAUUAGCACAAACCAAAUUCAUCAAGCAUGCCGCCGAAGGCGUACCCCAGACCAUCAUCCUCCUCUCAGGAGAUGGCGGCCUGAUUGACAUCCUCGACAUAUUCUACAAAUCAAAGCAAACAGUGAAAGUCCCGCCUAUUAUCGUCCUGAUCCCAUGCGGGACAGGGAACGCCAUGGCGAGUUCAAUUGGACUACGAUCUGGUCCGAUACCAGGUUUGUCUACGCUACUCCGAGGCACGCCAGCUCCCAUCCCAGUCUUCGGCGCUCGAUUCUCACCUGGGAGUCAGUUUGUCAUUGAUGAGGGUCGUCAGCGGAUGCCGAUAGACAGUGACGGUGAUCGUGACGAUGCUGCUUACCGGACGGUACACUGUGCAGUCGUUGCAAGCUGGGGUCUUCAUGCCGCGCUCGUUGCGGAUAGUGAUACAUUCGAAUACCGCAAAUUCGGUAUUGAUCGUUUUAAAAUGGCUGCUAAUGAGCUGCUUUAUCCAUCGGACGGGUCGCCUUGUCAUCGGUUCAAGGGGAAGAUUACGAUAUCUCUGCGGAAGGAUGGGGAAGAUGGGGAUAUUCGUCAGGAAAUUGUGGAAAGUGAUGAGCAUAUGUAUGCGCUUGCUGCUAUGGUUCCGCGUCUUGAGAAGGAGUUUUUGAUUUCUCCUGAGUCUGUGCCGCUUAGUGGAGAUAUGAGGUUCAUUCGGUUUGGACCUAUGUCGCCGCAGGAUGCGUUGCACUUGAUGGCUCUUGCUUAUCAGGGUGGGAAGCAUGUUGCAGAGGGCACGGUUACCUAUGUUAAUAUUGAAGGGUUGAGGAUUGAUUUCCUUGAGGAUGAGGAGAGAUGGAGGCGGGUUUGUAUUGAUGGUAAGAUUGUUGCUGUUGAGAGGGGUGGAUGGCUGGAGUUGUAUAAAGAGACUAAGCGGUUGCUUCACUUAAUUCAGUAG